AUGCUACUCUGGACCCUUUUAUUAACCAGCUCUGUGCCACUUCAUUUUUUGUUUAAUUCUGUCGUCUUUGCAAGAAUUCAAGCAAACGACUACCAAGUGUUGCCAGUCACCGAUAAUUUCUUUAACGGACAUAAUUACGACACUUCUGAAUUCACCGCCGUAGACAAUUCAUUUAACCUCUCCGAGGCUGAAGUACUUCGCGACAAAUUUAAAACACUUAAAACCGACAACCUCACAGCACACGAAUGUCUAGAGGCAUAUAACAGCCAAUACGUAUCUCAACAUGGCGACGUCCUUAUAUUUCAAAACCAGAUCGUCUGGCACAGUCCGGCUAAUUAUAGCCCUGUUUGGAACGACUCAAGCUACUACGAAUGGGUUAAGAUUUCUUGGCCACUGACAACAAACUUAAACUACGAUGAUCACCUGCCGUACCAGAGCUUUGCAGAUGUAUUUCCCGCCAAUGGAUGGAGAUGUCCAUCGCGAAGUAUUCAAGACUGCCACAUCACUCGCACGGCCGAAAUACCAGCAAAUGGUUCGUGGGCCCCAUACGGAAGUCCAGUCUCGCAUUGUCUCGUAGAGAAGGUUGAAGAAGUGUGUAAACUUCAGUUCAGCCUUAAAAUUGCGAUCAUUGUUAUCAUUUGCAACUUUGUCAAAGUUUGCUGCAUGUUCACUGUGGCUUUCCGAUAUUACAAUCAUUAUGUUGUUACUGUUGGAGACGCCAUAUCUUACUUUUUAGACGAGCCCGAGGCGGAAACCAAAGGGCGCUGUAUUCACGAAAGACGAGAUUUUCGACUCGAAUGGGAGUGGAAGGAGAUCCAGCUUUCGCAAUCGCCAAACAAGCCAAGAAAAUAUAAUCCGGAAAAAUUGAGGUGGUACAACGCUGCCAAUGGGAAGCGAUGGAUCAUCUCAUACCUUUCAUACUGGGGUUCCUUAGUCUUUGCCAUAAUUGCUAUUGAUAAGUCUCUUGCCGGUAUGCCAUCCAACAUCAAAGAUCUUUGGGCUACUGGUUUUGGCCAAUUGCAAGGGAAUAAUUUGCUGCAUACCAGAACUUCAAUAAUGGGAGGAGUGUUGCUUGCCAAUGCACCGCAAGUGAUACUUUCUUACCUUUACGUCUCCUUUAAUGCGCUUCUCACGCGCAUGCUCGUUCAACGCGAGUUAGCUUGUUAUAAGCAAUCUAUUAAGCCUCUUCGAGUCACCUUUCCAACGGGGCAGCAGCGUAGUACAUUCUGGCUCCAACUGCCCUACCGGUACGCCAUUCCAUUAAAUAUCACCAGUGUUCUUCUCCACUGGCUGGCCUCGCAGAGCCUAUUUAUGGUCAGCGUCACAAUCAUUUCCAGAGACCGAAAACCGGACUAUAAAAGGGAAAUAUCAACGUGCGGCUAUUCCCCUGUAGCAAUCAUCUUUACCACUUGUGUUGGUUGCAUCAUUAUGAUCAGCGGCAUCGUAAUGGCGUAUCGGAAGUUUCCGGGCGGCAUGCCGCUCAUGUCAAGCUCUAGUGCGGCGAUAUCUGCAGCUUGUCAUCCACCAGAAAACGACACGGGUGCUGCACAGCUCCCUGUACAGUGGGGAGUUGCCAAGGAAGGACAGGGUGAGGACGGCGUCGGUCAUAUUACGUUUACAAGUUUUGAUGUGACGGUCCCUAUUCCCGGAAAGCUGUACGCUUAG